CACUAUCAUACAAAUAUUUUCUGUUAAAAAGUUAACAAUAGCCAUUCCAAACUAGAUCAAUAACAGAAGAAAUGCAUUUUUGGGGCAACGUUUUUUACAUCUUCACUUUGUAUGGAUUAAUCGUUGCGGUGUCCAAAGACGAUUGGGAAAAGCUCAGCAGAGAAAAGCGAACUGUGUUAUUACUAUAUGGUCCUUUCGGAAUUAUACAGUUUAUUAUAGGCUUUGGUACCCCGGUUCCUGAUCUUCUCAGACCAUCGACGUCGUUGGGAUAUUUUAUGAGAGGGUUUUAUUCGUUACCGAAAAACGGCAGUGAUUAUACUCAUCCAAAUGUUACGGAAUUGUCCAGGAGUUUGCCGAUAACAAGAUGGGAUAUUUAUCAUUCUUUGGAGAAAGAUUCAGAAAUACGAGGACAUGGAGGUAGACAAUGUGUCCUUCGAGCAAUUUGUGAAGCUGCUGAAUACCCAAUCGAUAAAAAUCAUGGUUUCUUCGAGGAAAUAUUUCAUACAAUAUUUACACCGACUAGUACAAACGAAAAAAUUCGCGAUCACUCCGACAAUGAAUAUCUUGCCGCACAUCAUGAAGGACGAAAAUCUAUGGGGAGCUGCAAGUAUCUUUUUCCUGAUUGUAAACUUACUUUUUUGGAUCUAUUUACACAAUUGCUAACCAGCUUUGAUAACGACUAAUACAUGUUUUGCUACGAAAUAA